AUGACUUCUCGUUUCAAUGGCGAAGAUCUCGUCAAAAGGUCACUCUUCGUCUCAUUGAUCGGUCUCAAGAAGAAACAAAAGGAAGAAUCCCCAAAACAAGGUAAUAGAAUAUCAUCUGACAUUUGAAAACCACUCCUUUUUGCGUUAUUCUUUUCAGAAACUUACAAUCCAUGGAGUAGAUUCAAUGCAAAUAAUUUUGAUGAAGCCACCGAGCCAUGUUCAACAAAAAGAAUGCAGGAACGUGACAAGAACAUUUCCGAGCGUCAUCAAAGCCCCUAUGGUCUGUUGACUGAUCAGAUGCAGGAUGUUCUCUUGACGUCGCCACAUGAUGUUCUUCUAUCAUCCCCUCCUCCUCCAGACACUCCAAAUGUCGCUUCUCCACAUGAUAUCUACCAAGAAAUAGUCACUGAAUGUGCUACUCUUGAACAAUCUCAAUACUUCGACAAACAGGCAGGUGUCUCCAUUGAUUUGUCAUGUGCUUAGGUACCCAACCAGACUUUAUCCUGGGCUCCGGAGCUCCCGCAGUAUCCAGUACUACAGGACAACAGCUGCCCCCCACCAUGUUACACACCAGUGCCAGAGCCCUUGAUAUGUCCAAACUGCCAUUACAUUACAAACCCCGUAACGUUUCCCCACGCAGAACUAAAUAGUAUUCGAAUACCAAGUAGAGUGAAUGGUAUAACAAUAGAAGAGCUGGUGAAGAUGAUCAUCUCAAGCCUCAAAAAUUCUGAGUCCACGGAGGAAUCGAAAGAAUCACCUGAAGAGACCCUGCGGAGAAAAAGACAGCAGGUAAGUCAUUUAGUGUAGAUUAUGAGUAGACGUUAAAAUUGUUUUAGAAUAAUGCGGCUGCAGCUAGAUACCGAAAGCGACAGCGGGAAGAAAAGAUGACCAGUUCCUCGGAAUUCGAAGAAAUGUCUCAAAGGAAUAAGGUCCUGCGGACCCAGAUAGGACAGAUUCAGAAAGAGAUGGCCAUGUUAAGAGAGCAUAUUCUCACUAUGAAAUAA